AUGUCUGCAAUCCCCAAUGUUCCAGAAAACGACCACCACCAUGGCACCCGUGAACAAGACCUCGACAACAUCGCUACCAAUGCCAUUCCUCAACUGGCAACGAAGCGCGUAGAUUCACCCACCAACACAAGCUACAACAACGCAACUUCUACAUUCACCCUCCACGAUACAGUCAUCGAGAACCAAAGACCCAUCAAGGUCAUAGUCGUGGGAGCAGGUUACUCGGGCAUCUACCACGGCAUCCGCAUCCCUGAACGCCUGCGCAAUGUCGAAUUAACCAUCUAUGACAAGAACGCUGGAGUAGGAGGAACAUGGUAUGAGAACAGGUAUCCUGGCUGUGCUUGCGAUAUCCCCUCACACUCCUACCAAUACUCCUUCAACCCAAACCCAAAUUGGUCGUCUAUGUACUCUCCAGCCGCAGAAAUCCAAGCAUACCUCGAGUCAACAGUGAAAAAGUACUCAGUCGAUCGCUUCAUAAAGCUACGCCAUGAAAUCAAGUCCUGCCGCUGGGACGCCGCAGCCUCGAAAUGGUCCAUCCAGAUUGAGGACUUGGAGGCAAAGAGGACAUUCGAAGAUAGCAGUGAUGUUUUGAUCAUGGCAAGAGGAGGUUUGAAUCACAUAGCCUGGCCACAGAUUGAAGGGUUGAGGAGUUUUGGAGGAGAGAUUAUGCAUUCGGCUGCUUGGAAUCAAGAUUACGACUUCACAAACAAACGCAUUGGAGUAAUCGGCAGUGGCAGUUCGGCAAUCCAAAUCAUACCUUCUCUGCAACGUCUCUCAGGCACACACCUAUCCUGCUUCAUCCGCAGCCGCACCUGGAUCUCUCCACCCUUUGGUCAAGCCAUCCAAGACAAACUAAAAAUGGACGGUUUCAAAUUCACCGAGGAGCAAAAGAAACACUUCCGCGACGACCCAGAAGCCUUUUUCAAGUUCCGCAUGGAGAUUGAAGAAGGCGGAAAUGAAAUCCACGAAUUGACUAUUAUGGGCACAGACAUGCAAAAGGGAGCUCAGAAACACUUUGAGGAGAACAUGAAGACGAGGUUGCAGAAGAAACCUGAAAUCUACGAUUGGCUAAAACCUAGUUUUGCGCCUGGCUGCAGACGAUUGACGCCAGGACCUGGUUUUUUGGAAGCUCUGGUUGAGGAUAACGUCGACUUCAUCCGCACACCAAUCACAAAGAUCGAACCGAAAGGCAUAGUGACUGAAGAUGGAGCCCUCCAUGAAAUUGACGUCUUGGUCUGCGCGACGGGCUUCCACACUGGUGCACCACCUCCCUUCCCCGUGACUGGUGUCGACGGUAUCGCCUUGCCGGAUCAUUGGGAGCAACGUGCAACAUCAUAUCUCUCCCUCGCAACAGACAAGUUCCCAAAUAUGUACAUGAUGCUAGGUCCCAACUCAGCAAUUGGAUCUGGAUCCCUGACGAUGAUGAUUGAGAGUGUCGGUGACUAUGUGAUAAAAUGCGUUCGCAAGCUCCAAAAGGAAAACAUCAAAUCCAUGACUGUCAAAGCCGCCCGAGUACGCGACUUCCUGGCAUACUCAGAUGCGUACUUCAAGAACACGGUCUUCAUGGACGAUUGCAAGAGUUGGUACCGCAAAGGUGACACAGUGGUCGGGUUGUGGCCGGGAUCGACAUUGCAUUGUAUAGAGGCUCUAAGGAGUCCGCGAUGGGAGGAUUUCGAUUGCGAAUACGACGAGGAAAAUCAGAUGGCGUGGUUGGGUAAUGGAUGGAGUACUAAUCAGAUCGAAGGGAGGGACCUUGCGUAUUACUUGCUGCCGCAGUUCCAGCAAGUGCCGGUGGCGCCAUUGCCAGAAGAGAAUUCCGAGUUCAAGAUACGAGCAUACUCGCAGUAA